AUGGCCGACGAAAUCGAAAAACUACGGCGGGCUCUCGCAGACGCCGAGUCUCGUGUGCUGGAGGAACAGCGACGACGCGAAGAGGCCGAGCAAAUCGCAGAAACAUCAAAGGCACAAGAUCUUAGCUCUUACCUUGAAGCUUGCCACGCUCUGUCUCUUGCCAUCGACAUGGUCACCGAUCGAUCACUGACCACACAAGGCGACACGACGAACCCGGUCGGCCGAAUCUAUCCCAAGCGCAUUGUUCCGUGGGACGACUUUCCUGUGAGGCAAGAGGAGAUCUGGAACAAGCUCGAAGACCCUACCUUCCUUUCCUAA